AUGGCUUCUUUGGACAUCUCUACGCCUCUUAUCUUCAAGCUCAAUUCCUCUGCUAAGCUAUGGAAGCUUUUCUCUGUAAAAUAUCCUUAUCCCCACAAGCAAAAACCAUCAUUUUCCCUCACCAUCACCAAUGCGGUCCACACCCCAACAGCACUUCCCUUUUCCAGCCGUACCGCCACCUCUAAGUACAAGAUUGAGACGGAGCAGGACCCCAUCUCCCUCCUAAAUAAGAGAAUUCGCCGCCAACAGCAUGGAAAGAGAGAGGGCUCAAAGCCCAUAAUGGACGCGGAGGAGGCUGAUCAAUACAUACAGAUGGUGAAGGAGCAGCAGCAGAGAGGAUUGCAGAAGUUGAAAGGCGAUAGGGCAACAAAAGAAGGGGAUGUUUUCAGUUACAAAGUGGACCCUUAUUCGCUGCAUUCUGGGGAUUAUGUUGUGCAUAAGAAGGUGGGAAUUGGGAGGUUUGUUGGGAUUAAGUUUGAUGUGCCAAAGGGUUCUUCAGAGGCUAUUGAAUAUGUGUUUAUUGAAUACGCUGAUGGGAUGGCUAAGCUUCCUGUUAAGCAGGCUUCCCGCAUGCUUUAUCGAUAUAAUCUGUUGCUUGUUUUAUUCAAUUUGGUUGGAUAUUUUGAAUUGUUAGUUAACCCGAAUGAAACAAAAAAGCCUCGGACAUUGAGCAAAUUGAGCGACACUGGUGCAUGGGAAAGGAGAAAGACGAAAGGAAAGGUUGCGGUACAGAAAAUGGUGGUUGACUUGAUGGAGCUGUAUUUACACAGGCUAAAACAAAGAAGACCUCCCUACCCAAAAAUUCCUGCCAUGGCUGACUUUGCUGCUCAAUUUCCAUAUGAACCCACACCAGAUCAGAAACUGGCUUUCGUUGAUGUCGAGAGGGAUUUGACUGAGAGAGAAACUCCAAUGGACCGAUUAAUCUGCGGAGAUGUUGGGUUUGGUAAAACAGAAGUUGCUUUACGUGCUAUCUUUUGUGUCGUCUCAGCAGGAAAGCAAGCUAUGGUUUUAGCACCAACAAUUGUUUUGGCCAAACAACAUUUUGACGUUAUCUCAGAACGCUUUUCCAAGCAUCCUCAUGUCAAGGUUGGACUUCUGAGUCGGUUUCAGAGUAAAGCAGAGAAAGAGAUGUAUUUGGGCAUGAUUAAACAUGGUCAUUUGGACAUUAUCGUGGGGACUCACGCACUUCUUGGAAGUCGCGUUGUGUAUAACAAUCUAGGCCUCCUUGUAGUGGAUGAAGAACAGAGGUUUGGUGUCAAACAGAAGGAGAAAAUUGCUUCAUUCAAAACUUCAGUUGAUGUUCUUACUCUGUCUGCAACACCUAUACCUCGAACACUUUAUUUAGCAUUGACUGGAUUUCGGGAUGCGAGUUUAAUUUCAACUCCACCUCCAGAAAGAGUUCCUAUAAAGACCCAUCUAUCAGCAUACAGUAAAGAGAGGCUACUAUCGGCAAUCAAAUAUGAGCUGGACCGUGAUGGUCAAGUAUUUUAUGUCUUGCCUCGUAUUAAAGGGCUGGAAGAAGUGAAGGAUUUCCUUGAACAAUCAUUUUCAAAUGUUGCAAUAGCUGUUGCACAUGGGCAGCAAUAUUCAAAGCAGCUCGAGGACACCAUGGAGCAAUUUGCACAAGGUGAUAUUAAGAUUCUUAUAUGCACAAAUAUAGUAGAAAGCGGGCUUGAUAUUCAAAAUGCAAAUACCAUCAUAAUUCAGGAUGUUCAACUAUUUGGCCUAGCUCAAUUGUAUCAGUUGCGUGGCAGAGUUGGCAGGGCAGAUAAGGAAGCUCAUGCACAUUUAUUUUACCCUGACAAAUCCAUGUUAACUGAUCAAGCGCUGGAGAGGCUAGCAGCCCUAGAAGAAUACCGAGAACUUGGCCAAGGUUUCCAGCUUGCAGAGAGAGACAUGGGUAUAAGAGGCUUUGGUACUAUCUUUGGUGAGCAACAGACUGGAGAUGUUGGGAAUGUUGGAAUUGAUUUCUUCUUCGAAAUGCUUUUCGAAAGUUUGUCCAAGUCUUCAUCUUGUUGUCUUAGUCUAAUUGGACAGGUUGAUGAGCACUGUAUAAUUUCAGUUCCUUACCAGUCAGUACAGAUUGAUUUGAAUAUAAACCCCCAUCUCCCUUCUGACUACAUAAAUUAUCUGGAGAACCCCAUGGAAAUUAUUAAUGAAGCUGAGAAAGCUGCAGAGGCAGAUAUAUGGAGCUUGAUGCAAUUUACAGAAAAUUUGCGUCGCCAGUAUGGAAAAGAGCCUUGCUCUAUGGAAAUUCUAUUGAAGAAGCUUUACGUAAGGAGAAUGGCAGCAGAUAUUGGGAUAACGAAAAUUUAUGCAUUUGGAAAGAUGGUUGGCAUGGAAACAAAUAUGAGUGAAAAGGUUUUCAAGCUGAUGACAGAUUCGAUGUCAUCUGAUAUUCAUAGAAACUCUCUGGUUUUUGAUGGAAACCAAAUAAAGACGUUCCGAUCCAUAUCUGAGCACCAAACUAACAAAUAUUUAGAAGCAUAUGGUUGGGAUUAUACUGAGGAAUUAUGUAAAGGUGAGUCACAGAAGCUGCUUUUUCUUGUUCAAACCAUUACUUCUCUUAACCAGCUUCGAUUUUGCAGGCUACAUAGGUGUACAGUGGUUGGAUCAAGUCAUUCUCUUGCUACAAAGAGCAGUUUUCGCUGUGAGAAGACCGAACACAUUGGUGAUGGCGACAUGUCUCCGAUCAUCCCGUUCAGCAUGGGGAGUGGAACACUGCUCAUUUUCCGCACCAUUGUCACACAGAAGCUUCCCUGUUCCUUUGCUGAACCUGGUUGGAGCAUAUAG